ACGAGGAGUUUGGUAGCAAAAUGUCAAGAAGCUUUGAAAUCGUAGAUGGACAAUUUGAUGAUGUGGAUGAUUUAUUAGAACUGAACGUAAAUGAAUGUCAAGCUUAUGAUGCUGUAAAAUGCAAUUACGAUGAUGAUGAUGACGACGACGAUUAUAAAUAUGAUGAUGAAGAGGAGGAUGAAGAUGAUGAAGACAUGUAUGACUGGGAUGGUUGUACUGGAAAUUUUACCAAAAAGUAUAAUGCUGCAGCAGCCCACAUAUCACAGCCUAAUGCCAAUCCACCAAAGCAGCAACAUCAAAAAAUGACAGCUUUUCAACCAGCAGACAAGGCUUUAAGUAAAUUCGUGGAUAAGAUUAAUGUAGAGAAAUAUGAAGGUCCAGUUUUACCCAAUGCAGCAGCAUCAGCUUUAGUUCAUGCUGGAAAGAAAAUGGAUAGUGACAGAGUGAAGUCUAAGGACAAGAAGGACCGUGCUACAGCAGAGCAGGUGAUGGACCCCAGGACAAGGAUGAUCCUCUUUAAGCUCCUCCAACGAGGACUUAUCAGUGAAAUUAAUGGCUGUAUCAGUACAGGGAAAGAGGCCAAUGUUUAUCAUGCUACAACACACAACCAGGGGGAUCGGGCUAUCAAGGUAUACAAAACUUCUAUCCUUGUUUUCAAAGAUAGAGAUAAAUAUGUGACAGGAGAAUACAGAUUUCGUCAUGGUUACUGUAAACACAAUCCAAGGAAAAUGGUUAGAACCUGGGCAGAGAAAGAAAUGAGGAAUUUAACCAGGAUGCACCAGGCAGGUCUUCCUUGUCCACAGCCAAUAUUUCUCAGAAGUCAUGUGUUGGUAAUGCAGUUCAUUGGCACAGAUGGCUGGCCAGCACCUCUGUUGAAGGACUGUGAUAUUUCAGAAGCAAAGGCCAGAGAACUGUACCUAGAGUGUAUACAUAUCAUCCGUACUCUGUACCAUACCUGUCGUCUUGUACAUGCUGAUCUCAGUGAAUUCAAUAUACUGUAUCACAAUGGAGGGGUGUAUGUGAUUGAUGUCUCUCAGUCGGUUGAACAUGACCACCCCUGUGCCCUAGAAUUUCUAAGGAAGGAUUGCACAAACAUAACAGAGUUCUUCAAAAAGAAAGAUGUCAGCACCCUGACAGUAAAGGAGCUGUUUGACUUUGUUACUGAUGCCACAAUUACUGAGGAAAACAUUGACCUUUACCUGGAGAAAGCCAUGACCUUGACCUCACAGAGGACCACCAAGGAUGUCACGGAGCAGCAAAAGAUUGAUGAGGAGGUUUUCAAGCAUUCAUUCAUUCCACGGAAUCUAGAUGAGGUGAUUGACUUUGAGCGUGAUGUCAUUUUGGCCAAGGAAGGACAGACAGAAGGGAUGCUUUACCAUACUCUCAUGGGAUUACAAGAAAAUCUGGAAGGAGUGAGAAUGCAACCAGCUUUAUUGGCUGACAAUGGUGAAAAUGAAACAGAAGGAGGCAAACAUGAUAGUAAUGAAACUGACAGCAGUGAAGAAGAUGAGGUUGAAGAGGGGUCGGAAGAGGAAAAUGAAGAAGAGGAUGGAAAGGGAGAUAAUUCUAAAAAGUACUUUCGACCCAAAAACGAGACAACUGAGAGCAGAAAAGAAAGAAAGAAAGAGGUUAAGGAGGAAAGAAAAGAAAAAAGAAAAAGUAAGAUUCCAAAACAUGUUAAAAAACGCAAGGAAAAAAUUGGUAGACAAGGCAAGAAAACCCCAAAGUCUGCAUUUUGCACAUGGUAUCGUAAAAUAAUAAUGAUUUCGUGGAUAUGGACGCAAAUUAAAAAACACAGAAGAAAACUUAUCUAUGGAGGAAUAUUUUUUGGAGGUGUGUAUAUGGCAUAUAGAUAUGCCCACAAAAGAAUUAAAGAAAUACAGGAAAAAGAAGCAAAUGAAUGUUUGACACAUGCCAGGAGACAGCACCAUUUUGAUAGCAAUCAGAGAACAUGCAAUAUGACAGUUCUCUCCAUGGUACCCAAUUUGAGGGAAAUCCUUCAGCAGAUGUUUGAUACUGAAUCCAUCACAGAAAAUCUGAAAGCAAACCCCAGCAAUAAAUUGGAAUUGUGGGAAGAACUGAAGAUCCUAAGCAUGACAAGGAUGGUGUGUGUGAUCUAUUCCUGUAGUAUGAUGUCUCUCGUUGUCAGAAUCCAGCUGAAUGUGAUUGGUGGAUAUAUUUAUCUACAAAAUAACAACACCUCCAACCAAGAUAAGGAGAGGCCAAAAAGCUCACCCAGUCACCCAAGUACACCUGUGUUACCAAAAUCUGUCCAAGAAAAAUAUCUGUCUGAGAUCAAAUAUCUUAUGGACAAAGGUAUCUGCCAGCUUGGCGAACAUGUAAAGUCUGCAGUUAAGAAAGAAAUUUCAAGCAUCUCCCUAAAGGAGCGACUGAGUCUUCAAAAUGUGGAGUCUUGUUUACAACACAUCAGAGAGAGACUAGAGACUAGCCCAGAAAUUUCUAAUCUGUCCUCUCCAACCAUACAGCUAUGUCCUUACAUGUUUCCUCCAGAAAACCCAAAUCCCACUGAAAUCCAAGGUACAGAUGAUGAAAUACAUAAACAUCUAAUGCAAGAAACAAGAGAUAUUUUAGAGAGUGCUGACUUCCACACAGUGCUGAAAACUAGUCUAGAUCGAGGAUUUCACAAACUGUUGGAUUUACUUGCUGAUAGCUACAAGACAAACCUACAGUCUAGUGAUUUAAAUAGCAGUCAAAGCACAGAUUAUUUACAUGGAGGAAUACCCAUGGCAAAAUUAAUUCCCAUUUUUAAUGGCAGUCUUUACAAGCUCUGCAGUGAUGCUCCUAAUCCACUCAUGCAGGAAUUAUUGCUACUGGAAUCUGCCAAGACAUUAGCUGCCAAUGUAUAUGAAGCAUUCAGUCAAUCUCCUUCAUGAUUUAUAAAACAAUUUAUAAAAAAAAGAAAAUUAUUUGUUACAAGUAAUUUUUAUGUACAUAUAAUUUUAUCAGAACAUACAGUGAAACUUGUCUAAUCUGGAUGCUGUGUAUUCCGAAAUUUUGUCUAAUACGAUUUAACAUUUGAGUCCAUUUCAGUAAAUUGAAUUGAUUAAAAUCUUGUCUUAACUUGAAUGUUGUCUAAUCCGGCCAAUAUUUCUUUGGAACCAGUGGUGUCUGGAUUAGAGAAGUUUUCCUAUAUGUACAUAUACUAUGUAUGUAAUGUGUUCUAUAUUAUUAUUCUUUUCCCCCAAAAAAUGAUUGCUUUAUAAUUGACACCAUUUACAUGUAGUAUUUGUAAACUUUUUGUAGAAAAGUCAUGCUGAAUUUGUUUAAAAAAGAGAGAGAAAAGUUGUCAAUACAUUUAGGUGUUCUUCUAAUGCCAUUUGUACUUUUCUCUUAUUAGAGUGUUAAAAUGUACAGAUGUACAUGUAAGAAGGCUUAGAAAAUUGUAAGCAUUGUUAAUUUGUGUUAUAAAAGAUUACUGGAUUUAAAUAAACAAUAUUAAUUUUA